CUGAAGCGUGCACACGACUCGUAUCGCUCUCGAAACGCGCGAAAACUCCCUCAUUCAAAAAGUUUGUUCCAUAUUCAAAAAUCAAAUAUCCAAUUUCGAUUUAAAUAUUAUUCGGACCCCUUCGAAAAUCCAAAGUUUUAUAUUCAUAAAGCGAAGAACUUUUAAUCAGUGCAGUUGAAACUUCUUAAUUUUGAUUUGAGUUGGAACUCCUUGGGUGUUUAUUGUUUCGUUGUAAAACUGGCCGAAAAGUUUUAAGAAGUCGGAAUUUUCAACCGAUCAACAGCAAUCGAAUUGUUUUUGGUCCAGAAAUAAGACCCAGCAUGUAGAAAACAACCCAGGAUGGAAGUCCAUACAAUAAUCUGGUCUAACAACUCACAAAAAGAACGAAGUUGAUCAAACAAUAAGAACACUAUGAAAGAAACUGUCAUCAAAAAUCAAAGAACACAUCAACGAAUGAAACACCGACUACUCAGACAUGAUAGUGCUCAACCUGAAAAGGUUAUGAUGCCAAGUUAAGAAUCUAGAAUUAUGCCUGCCGAAUCAUGGAUCGAUGAACUGUACAAUGACACUAACAGCAAUUCCAGCGACUACCAAAAUGCCACCAAACCCCCAGACCCGAUCGAGGAUAAAGCUAUUCAAGCAGCUUUUUGUACAGCAUACACACUUAUCUUCGUUGUUGGAAUAUUUGGAAAUGCACUAGUAUGUUACGCCGUCAUAAGAAACCGAGCCAUGCAAACUGUCACUAAUCUUUUCAUCACGAACCUUGCGUUAUCAGACAUAUUACUAUGCAUAUUUGCCGUACCAUUUACUCCUCUUUACACCUUCUUAGGUAGAUGGGUAUUCGGAAGUCUACUGUGUCAUAUCAUGCCUUAUGCCCAAGGCUGUAGCGUCUACAUUUCCACUUUAACUCUGACUUCUAUCGCUAUUGACAGAUUCUUUGUCAUUAUCUAUCCGUUCAAACCAAGAAUGAAAAUUAAAACAUGCAUUGGUCUAAUCAUUUUCAUUUGGGUAUUUUCUCUGUCAGUCACUUUCCCAUAUGGUUACUAUAUGGCUUUAGAACAAGAUAUUUAUUGCAUAGAAAAAUGGCCGUCAGAUCAAAUUCAUAAAGCAUUCGGAGCUGUCACAACUAUAAUGCAGUUUGUAGUUCCAUUUAUAGUAAUGGCUUUCUGUUACACUUGUGUUAGUAUAAAACUGAACGACCGGUUGAAAUCCAGGCCGGGGAGUAAAAAUAGCAAAAAGGAGGACGCAGAAAGAGAAAGAAAAAGAAGGACGAAUAGAAUGCUAAUAGCGAUGGUUGCAAUAUUCGGUCUUUCGUGGCUGCCGCUUAACUUAAUGAACAUUAGUAGUGAUUUCUAUUCAUUUGCAGAAGACUGGACUUAUUACAUGGUUUUAUUUUUCAUAACGCACUUCAUAGCUAUGUCUUCCACGUGCUAUAAUCCGUUCCUCUACGCAUGGUUGAAUGAGAAUUUCCGUAAAGAGUUCAAGCAAAUACUUCCUUGCUUAGGAGCACUAGUGACUAAGAAGCCGAAGCGGAAUUUCAACCAGUCAGAGAGGACUGGAAUGUACCGUUCAGAGAAAACUUGUAACGGCAACGAGACGGUUCAAGAAUCGUUGAUUUCCACAGCGAAGAUGCCUUCAGUAAAAUAUAGGAUUGAGUUUAAUGAUAAUUUGAAGGUGUUCGAGGAUGAAGGGGAGAAUGUGAGUCCGGAUGAGAAGCCUGAAGGCAAUCCGAGUCCCAAUGAAGACUGCGUUAAUAUGUAUAUGUUCGUAGAUAAGUCUGUAGUCAACUCUGAUAAGGAGCCCAUCGUCUCAGCACUGUAGCUUUAAUGAUAAGCAAACCACCAUCUGCGAAAUAUGAUUAAAAAAGUUUCAUGCCAUAUAAAACGAGACAAUUUGAAAGUUACGGCUGAAUUCACACAAGCGUAUUUGUGGCAACUUUGAACAUAAUUGUAUAGGUAUUGUAAACAGAUUGAAUGCUCUGCUUACAAAUUAUACGAACUGUUGCCCGUGAUUUUGUAAGCGUUAAAAUGUUUUUCACCUCAGAAACGUAUUAUUAUAAUAUUCUAUGCCAGAGGCACAAAUGCUCGUAUUUCUAUCCUACACUCGCUAAGGUAUAAUCCGUGCGAAUCGAGACGCCUCGCUGCUACGCAUCUUCCUUCACGUAAGGUGUUCACUCAAUUCUAAUACGCUAAUAUGUUAGCAAGUGUAGAAAUAGGAACAUCAGUUACAAGGCUACGCUCUCUGAUGCUUAAUUUUCAGUAAUCCGUUUGCCGCCUACAUUACAAAAAAAGUUUGUGUAGGUAAAAUUACAAAUUUUAAUCCCAACUGACACGCGCAAUGAUUAUUAUUAUACCAGUUACCUAAUGUAUAUAAAACUAUAGAAUAUAACUUCAUCGGGCACUAAUACAGCUCAUUAUUCUGAGUUUUAUUGUUAAUAUCAAGUUGAAUUUUCCGUCGCAAAUGUAUAGAAUUAAAAAAAAUAAGCAUGAAUUUUGCGACACAAAUUUCCACUUAAUAUCAAAUCAAAAUCAUGAGAUGAAUCAUACCCCUCAGCGCAAUGUCACUAACACCCUUUAUUAUGACAAGCGCAGACAAGAGCGGAGCAGUAACAAGCACUUCAGUGUACAGUCAUGAGCAAUAUAAUGUACCCACUUUAGGACUCUGUCGCACUAACAUAUUUGAUAUUUAGUGAGACUUACAGUUCAAUUUGUCAAAAAAGUUAAUGUGACAUGGUACCAAAGUGUAUACAUAUUAAUGCUCGUGACCGUACUUAAUUCAUAUAACGACAAAUACAAAGCCGGUCAAAAUAAUUGGAAACUUAUACGACCGAAAACUGAAACUCGUAUGACUUUAUCGUUUUGUAUCCACUAGACCAACGUGUCAGAAACAAACUACUGGUUUUUGUUUUAAAGUUUUAACCGGAUCUGUGUAACUCCAAAAAUUUGUUUGAAACAGUAAACAUUUUGUUUUACUUUGUAUUGUGAAAAGUUUGAUAACGCUUAGUAUUCGCCAUUAUUAUGUUCACAACAAUCGUAUGUUUUUGACUUCCUCUUUGAGCACACAGUAUUGUGUUUAAAUUGCGUAGUUUCCUAGGUCAAAGGUAAAUUAUGAAAUUCUGAUAACUAAAUAUAUCCCCAUAUCUAAAGGUGCCAAAAAAACGUUUUCUUUUUUCUAUUUAAGUUAUUUAUGAAUUUUAAUAAAGAAAUAUGUACUUACGACAAGUGCGACAUUUUGUCACGAUUUUCUAUGACGUCACAGGUUGCUUUUCCAUACAAAUUCCAUAGUGAUUUCGUGUUUUGACGUUUAAAAAAAUGUUACUGAUUUCACUAGUAAAAAAACUACCCAAUUCAAUAGAAACUGAAAAACAAAAUAAUAGCUAAACUUAAGAUAAGUAAUAUAUUUUUUUGUUUUUAGUACUUACUCAUUUUUGUUGCCUUAUAGAGCGACAUAGUUUCUGUUUGUGACUAAGCUCUUAAAUAUAGAAAAAAAAAAUAAAAAAAAUAAUAGCUCGUACUCCGUAUGACAUUAUACUUUGGCCACAAAAAACCUGUGGCAUAUAAAGCGUUUGUAAAACUAUUCGUAAUGCCAGUUUCGGACAGUACGUUCUAAAAGAAAAAUGUUGAUAUUUUUUUAUUUAUUUUUUUUCUCCUUCUCAAUAUAGGCUGUAAUAAAGUACCGAAAAGAGAUUUUAUGUAUAAAAAAUAAAAGUCUAUCAACUGUGUUGACGGUCCAUCGAUUGCACAAACAUUUACCUGCGGUCGACUGGGGAGUGUGCUCUUAUAAAGCCGUUACGGUUACCUCGAAGGACUUAAAAAUUGAGAGAAUAAAAAUAUAUCUUUCUAAGUCACACCUUUAUUUUAUUUAUUUCUGAUUUUAAAUUAAAAAGUUGUUACAAUUAAAUGCUAAAAUAAAAAAGACUAUUAAACAAAGGAAAAAAGUACAGGAUCAGUUUUAUAUUAACGUUUGUACAAAAUCCACCCGCGUUUCCUCUUAUCGAAAAUUGUAUUUGUGGUUAUUAUUACUUAUUCAUAUCAACAUAAUCUAAUCACAAGCGAAAAUUCCUUACCGCAAGUAAAACACCUCGCAAACCUUUGACUGCUCCGUGUAAUUAUUUUCCUUUUGCAACCGAUAUAGAACCCCGCAUCCUUACUGGUUCCGUGUUGUAAUUUAUGUGUUACACUCGGUAUUUAAGGAAUGCCACGGUACAAAGGUCCCUUCUAUCCAUAAUGCUUUUAAUUAAUUAAAGAGUCCGCCACGCUCAAAAGAGCAGAGAAAAGCCGUAAAUACAUAUACGGCGUUCGUUGUGAAUACGCAUGUGUGAAUCUAACUUUGUAUUUUUUUCUUUUUUACUUAUACGGGAUUAUGCUGCAUUAUUUUUAAUCGAAAUGCACACGAAGCAUUUUCAAUUUAUUCACAUUUAUGCAUGUAACAUAACGGUUGUAUUAAGUCGCAAAAUAGAAUAUCUACCAUUUUAAAAUAUAUUAUAUAAUGUAAGUAAAUCUAAUAUUGAAUCUAUCCUCCAAGGAUUUUUUAUUAUAAAUAAAUGUGUAUAAAGAGUAAAAAACAUAUUUGUGUAGUGAUUUAAUAAGUAUACGAGUAAACUUGUAAAUAACUUGUUAGUAGAACAGAUUGAUGUAAAUAAAAAAAGUAUUUCUGUCAAUUAAUGGUGUGACCAUUUGAGCCCAUUGAUACAAGUACUUUUUUACCUAAAUGUAUAGUUAAAUAUAGUAUAUAGAUGUGCAUAUGAUAGUAUAUAAUAGUGUAUGUAGGCUACAUUAUUUUUUUAAUUUUAUUAAUUGUUAUGAACAAAUGUUAGGUAAAACGGCCUUGUAUCCUAUGUCAAUGAGAAAAUACGUGCAAUUCGCUGUCAUUACAUAAUUAAAGUGUACCAAAGAAUUAA